AAAGGUCAAUUGCCGGUUGGGUCGUGGCACCGCGGAGAGCACGUCGGAGGAAGAGCUGCUGUAUCCCAUAAAAAGGACGUCUGUGCGGACUGCGGAGGGCGCACAGAAGAUACAUCCCAAAAUUACGAGUAAACCGUUUCGAACAUGAAGAAUCUGAUUGAAUACAAGGCCGGUCUGAUGGUCCUCCGAGCCGGAAUGUUCGAGCCGGACAGCCGCAAGGGUCUGCUCUACGUGUGCCUCAUGGAGACUGAGAUCCACAUCUGCUGGAAGGAUCGCCGGACGGACCAAGUCGAGCUGGACAUUCUGGCCGUGCCGGGCGUGCCGCGCUUCCAGCGCGUCAGCCAGGUCAACACGGGGCGUGUGUAUGUCCUGAGGUUCGAGGGCGCCAGGGAGCGCCACUUCUUUUGGAUGCAGGAAGCGUUUCCUGAACGCGACGACGACUUCUGUCGGCGCUUCAACGAGCUGAUUGUGGCUUCCGAAGAGCCGGAGCCUCCGAAGAUCGAACUCCUUGAUCCUGACUAUCCUCGCGGCGGUGGCGGCAGUGAUGUCCCUGCUCCUCCGCCACCUGGCAAGCUCGGCGCUCUGUCGAAGGGUGUCGUGGGAUUUCUGGGCAAAGUGGGCAACAGCAUGUUCGAGCUGGUAAAAAAUGCUUUGGUCCCCGAGGGGCAGGCGCCCGAGUCCUUCUUGGAUCCCGAUUUGCGACAGCCUGAAAGUCUGGCCACCACGAUGCGCCGCCAAAUGAGCAGCUCCCUUGAGCUGAUGGACUUUUCGCCGGAGAGCCUGCACCGCCUGAUGGCCUGCCUGCCAAUGGACUCCGACCGCGAAGUGAUCGAGAGCCAGGUUGCGGCCACGGGUGUCCCCGAGGCAGUGGCUGACACCCUGAAGAUGGGCCUGGUGGCCGACCAUGUGCGCUCGGUGCAGUUCUACGAGGCCCUCUUGGAGUUUGAAUCCGCAUUUCAGCGGUGCCAGCUCGUCGGGAACCUCGAGGCGCUGUCCCUGGGGCCCGCGGCCCUGAGAGCGGCUCUCGACGGCGACUUCGAGGGAUUCCUGUCGAUCCUCAAUGAGCCCGGCGCGUUCAUAGAAGAGCAGGAGGAUGCCAAUUGAGGAACACUGGAGCUGGGACUGGUCAUAAAUAAGUCAGAGCCACACACCGGAAAAAAAUACAAAAUAAAAUACAACGUACAAAAUGCAAUAACUGCUCGACGCCACUCCACGCUCCCACGGUCCCACUCCCGGGCACUCCCGGGCACUCCCGGGCACUCCCGGGCACCCUGGGCGUCCGUCUCAAGUUACGAAGAUAAACGAGAUGCCAUAAGUUAGACGACAACUUGCACAAGGACAAGGAGGAGCUGUAGAUGGAAUCCGGGGACAGCAGCAGCAGCAGCUCCAGCGCCAGCACAAAAUGCAAGUUCGUCCCGAAAAACAAAAAAACACUAAAAAUUGAUAUAAAAUACUUGCACACAAAUACUACAACAUCUAGGGCUGGGUUGGUGGAUGAAAAAUAUAAAAGAAAAGCAUACAAAAAUA